AUGUCGAAUCAGUUAUUCUUUCUAAGUUUGGCCGACAUAUUCUCCGUCUAUCCGGCCAUAUUUAAAGAGCAAAGUAAAAAACUGAAAAAGACCAAACACAUUUAUCUGCCCAGCGAUGAGGAAUGGCUCGAUAAGAUGUACUACAUGUUGCUGGAGAUUCAACGACAAGUGAAUGACUCGGGUGAUGUGAACCUAUCACUGCAGGACAUUAAUAAAAAGAAUAAACCAAUGUUCGAUCCGGAUCGCAUCAUGAAAAUCAUAUCGCCUGGCAUAAGUCCUACGAAUGGACGUCGUAGUCGGGCCUUGAAAUUAUGUCAUUCAACCACAGUGAAAAUUAAACUCAAAGCCGAGGGCACUGGACCACGUUGGACUCUGCCCACUAUUGCCAAUGGAGCCAAAUUGUUGAGGAAGCCACCGAUAUUGGUGGAUUUUCAGAAUGAGCAUGAAAUGCGAUUGGCUUAUUCCCUGAUCUACGAUGUCUUUCGUUAUAAGGUUGUUUUGGCGAAUGCACUGGAUGACAUUGGUUUCUUCAAUCAGCAUAAGGAAUAUGUUGAGGAUGAGCAACGAAUUUGGUUAAUGCUUUUUGAGCUAUACGAUCGUCAAUUCAAGGGUCGCAACUCGGAGGAUCAACCAUUGCAGCUUCAACUCUACAAGGAAUCCCAAGUAACAGAAAUCGCCAAUGUGUUGUGGCAACAUCGCAUACGUCUAGCUGCAUCCAUUUCGCGUAUGCGUAUACGGGUAGGAGCUCUACGGCUAUCCCAACUGCUGCCCAUUCACUUGCAGAACGAAAAAGUGGCCAUAGCAGCAGCCAAUCCUGUGGUAACUGGUUGGAUUAAUCCUUUUUUGAUUCGCUCCAAGGCCGAGGCCGAUCAAAUUCUCACCGAAAUGGGUUUCACCAUUCAUGGCCCGGAAGAUGAGCAACCGCUUUUGGUGCAACAUUGCAAAUGGGAUAAUAUCUGCCCGUUGGUCAUAUCCUGUAUACCCAAGGAUCGAAGUGAAUUCACGAAAUCAAAGCUUAUGACUAAACACUAUUUUAUAAUGCAGGAUAAAAACUUUACAUUCGGUCCGGCCAUAAUGUCCAAACUGACAGAUUACUUUGAACUUGAUGGUGACAUAUUGCAAACUCACAUUGGAUCACCUCGGUCCACAGCCUAUUUGGCUGCUCUAUUCUAUUCGAUCAAUCGGGUUAAUAAUUUCUAUGUCUAUGGAGCAGGAGCUAGUCUCAAGGACUAUCGCAAGUAUAUGGAAUCGAUUGGGGUCAAUAAUAUUCGACUGUUUGCCGAUGCCUUCACCUCAUUUCCCAUGGAAUCGAAUCGCUUUCGCACUGUUGUUGGCAUCUUUGCCACGCCCCCGAAUUCAUUUAGUGCCAUCUCAGAUCCAAUCGAUUUGAUAUGUUCGCGAGGCGGUGAUCUUAGUAUGCUGGAGGUGCUAACCGAGUCCGAAGUCUCGGACGAAGGUCGCCAGCGAGUGGCAUUGAUAUUGGAGGAGCAACUCCUAACCCUAACGAUGUCAAUGUCACGACCUCAGGUGCAAUUUGUUCUCUAUCAAACGCACUCGAUAGUCGAUACCGAAAAUCAACUGAUGGUAAAGCAUGUCAUUCAGUUGAUCAAUAAAUUGGCCCUGGAGAAGCAUCGAAAUGCGUAUAGGGAGCAAAAACGAUUGGAGGCCAUUGCCGAGGCGGAGGCAGCGAAUAUACCAGCUGCGGCCAUGGCAAGCACCAAGGAGUCGCCUAGGAAAAAGGAUAAGCCAGAGGUGGGCACCACCACAGCAACAAAUCCUUCAUCGAAUGCCGCUGCGGCACAGCCGCAACAACAAUUGCCCCGUGUGGAUAGCAUCGAUCUGAUAGUUACUCCCGAUAUUGAUGAAUUCGUUGAGGAUCAAGUACCUGAUAUUUGCAUUAAUCAGGAUAAUUGCAUACGCCAACAAUCGACGGGCAGUUUUCUUUCCCUUGUGCGUCGCAAAACCUUGACUCAUCUGAAUGAGAAGUAUCUGAUUCGUCGGGCCGAGCAACGUGGACUCUUUGGCAAGCCGAAUGACAAGGAGAAGGAUAAAUCGAAACCGAAGACUGUGAAAUUACAAUCGGAGGUUGCUGAACCGCCGCCCCUGGACAUGACCUAUGACCUGAGUCGUGGCCAUUCGGGCACACGGUCAAGUGCUCAGCAAACGCUUCAACGUCUUCAACGCUCGACAAGUGCCAGCGCCAUACGCUCACACCUGACCAAGGUGUCGGCAACGCAGCGCCAAGUUAUUACAUUCAAUUUUCGUCAACGCGAGUGCAAACGCUUCUACGUUUUACCCAUCUACAUGCACAGUUCGAAGCAAGGUGUCCGCUUAUGGUGGCAAUACGCCUAUAAAUGUGUCACUAGAAAUCGUGGCAAUGGCAGUCACUGGAAUUUAAAUUUCCAUCCAUUGAAUUUGAGAUUCAAAUUGCAUUGCAGUCGACAGUUGCGCAUUAGAAAAUUGAGACGUAGCCAUUGGUCGAAACGGCAGCCAUUAACGGUCCAUAUAAAGGAUAUUGAACUGAUCUGCCAGGUGAAGCAGAUACAGCAAGUGCGAAGGCGCCAGAAGGUGAAUAACAAAUCGAAUAGCUAAAUACUCAUAAGUAAACGUUAUCGUUAAGUGUUGGAAAGUGACUGUUAUUUAACAUAUUUUUGUAAAAAAAACAACAACAACAAGAAUCUAUCUGUUCCUUCGUCAUGUUGAUGAUCAUCUAGGUAUUUUUAACUAUUACUAUUUUAUUAUUUUCGCUUACAAAGUUUGCAGUCUAGUUUGACUGGGUUUUGACUUGUAUUGGAUGCAAUAAAAAAAAAAAGAAAGAACAACAA